AUGACGGAUUCGAAGGAAGUUUAUUCGUUCACGGCAUUUAACGAUGACUAUGCAUUCAGUGAUGAUGGAUACUUUACGUAUUCAAGUACUGAGCAGAAACGUGUGGAAGAUUCGGUAAGCGAAAGAUAUAAGGAGUUUCUGGGUGAGUGUAUGGAGGAUAUUGAAGAAACAAAGCAUUUCACACCGGUACUACAUCGUUCUGUGCACAUACAUUAUAUUUGUCGAACGCUUGUGGAACUCGGAAGGUCUUUCCAGGUGAGUGGCGUUUUUCCAAUGUCUCAUCUGCAUUUCCAGCUGAUGAAAAUACUCUAUCUUAUCAUAGCUCAGUUCAUUUCUGGUUAA